AGCACACAAGCCAGCAAGUCGGCCAGUGUCAGGUUGCACUUGCAGCAGUCUCAGAAAAAGUCAUCUCCAAUGAAUUGCAGCGUGAAUCCUUCCGAACCCUGCUAUACGCGCUGUUGAGUCGCGCUAUGGUCAGCCCAGUCCAGAAAGGUGCCAGAGCUAUGACGUUGGAUCGCUGGCUGCGAAGGUCUCGUUGAGUGCUGCAGCCAUAGACUGAGGCGAAGACCCCGCAAAUGUCCACUUGCUUGCCGCCUGUCUGAUUGCGAGCUCGUGCAUUGUUUGCGAUUAGAAAACCGUGCACUUGCCUCUAUUCCUCUGCAAUCACAGCUGCUCGAUAGCAAACUUCCCACUGCAGGACGCUCUUCACUAACCACCAUGGAGCUCGUCAACGCAUCAGCGAACUCGGUCAAUGAUGCCCCCGCAAAGGGAGCCAACGAUGGCACUGGCAUUGUCCAGCUCGACCCUUAUCUGGAGCCCUUCGCGGGCGCGCUGAAGAGCCGCUACGCCAAAGCCCAGCAAUGGAUCAAGACGAUCAACGAAACAGAAGGCGGUCUGGAGAAGUUCUCAAGGGGCUACGAGCGCUUUGGCUUCCAGGUCCAGCAGAACGGUGACGUUGUGUACCGCGAGUGGGCUCCGAAUGCCCUGCGAGCAUACCUCAUUGGCGACUUCAACGACUGGAACCGCGACGCGACGCCUAUGACGAAGAACAACUUCGGUGUCUUCGAAGUGACGGUGCCUGGCAAGAACGGCCAGCCCUCAAUACCCCACGACUCGAAGAUCAAGAUCUCUCUAGUUGUACCCAACGACCACGCGCGCCAGGAGCGUCUUCCUGCCUGGAUCACUCGAGUGACCCAAGACCUCAAUGUCUCCCCUGUCUACGAUGCGCGCUUCUGGAACCCUCCCCAGAAGUACCAAUUCAAGAACAAGCGACCAGCGAAGCCUGAGAGCGCACGUAUCUACGAAGCCCACGUCGGUAUCUCAUCGCCUGAGCGCAAGGUAGCUACGUACAAGGAGUUCACACAAAACAUCCUCCCAAGGAUCAAGCUUCUGGGGUACAAUGUCAUCCAGCUCAUGGCUGUUAUGGAACACGCAUACUACGCCAGUUUCGGCUACCAGAUCAACAGCUUCUUCGCCGCGAGCAGUCGCUAUGGCUUCCCAGACGAUCUGAAGGAGCUAGUUGAUACUGCGCACGGCAUGGGCAUCACAGUUCUGCUGGAUGUUGUCCACAGUCACGCGUCGAAGAACGUCCUUGACGGACUGAACAUGUUCGACGGUAGCGAUCACCAGUACUUCCACGAGGGCGCGAAGGGACGUCACGUGUUGUGGGACAGCAGGCUGUUCAACUACGGUCACCAUGAGGUUCUCCGUUUCCUGCUCAGUAACCUGCGUUUCUGGAUGGAAGAAUACCAGUUCGAUGGCUUCCGUUUCGACGGUGUCACGAGCAUGAUCUACACCCACCACGGUAUCGGCACAGGCUUCUCUGGUGGCUACCACGAGUAUUUCGGUCCUGGUGUUGACGAGGAGGGUGUCGUGUACCUCAUGAUCGCCAACGAACUGCUGCACCAGCUGUACCCUAACUCGAUUACCAUCGCAGAAGAUGUGUCCGGUAUGCCCGGUCUCUGCGUAUCGCUGUCUCUGGGCGGAAUAGGAUUCGACUACAGACUCGCGAUGGCUGUACCGGAUCUGUACAUCAAGUGGUUGAAGGAGAAGCAGGAUAUCGAUUGGGACAUGGGCAACCUCGUCUUCACGCUGACGAAUAGGCGGCACGGCGAGAAGACAAUCGCCUAUGCUGAGUCCCACGACCAGGCGCUUGUUGGAGAUAAGACACUGCUCUUUUGGCUGUGCGAUGCCCAGAUGUACACCAACAUGUCUGUCCUGUCUGAGCUGACACCCGUCAUUGACAGAGGACUCUCCCUCCACAAGAUGAUUAGGCUGAUCACCCAUGGCCUGGGAGGCGAAGGCUACCUGAACUUCGAGGGUAACGAGUUCGGCCACCCAGAGUGGCUAGACUUUCCCCGUGAAGGCAACGGCAACAGCUUCGACUACGCUCGAAGGCAGUUCAACCUGGUCGACGACGACUUGCUCCGCUACAGGUUCCUGAACGAGUUCGACAGCAAGAUGCAGUGGACAGAAGAGAAGUACGGCUGGUUGCACUCGCCCCAGGCGUACGUCAGCUUGAAGCACGAGGGCGACAAGAUUAUCGUGUUCGAGCGUGCUGGUCUGCUGUGGAUCUUCAACUUCCACCCUUCCAACAGCUUCACUGACUACCGUGUUGGUGUUGAGCAGGAGGGUACCUAUAGGAUCGUUCUCAGCACCGACAGCAAGGCGUUUGGUGGCCACGGCAAUGUCGCUGAGGAUACGAGGUUCUUCACGACGCCGUUUGCGUGGAACGACAGGAAGAACUUCUUGCAGGUGUACAUCCCGUCGAGGAGUGCGAUCGUACUUGCAUUAGAGGCUACGUUGUAGAGGUUGAGGGAGGAUUGAGAACUCAAGGAAAAGGACCAAUGAUCAUCUAAUAGCGUUCUUUGCACUCAAGCGCCAUGUAAGGAUACCAUCGAGAAAAUUAUACUGUGUAAUGUAGAGCAUGAAGCCGAUCACGA